UCGGACAUCGGCAUUCGGCACCGCGUAACGCUUUUCGGACUUCAGUUUUACUGUUUUUUUUUCACAUCGGGCUCGAGUUCUUGGUUCAUGCACGUUCAUUGUUCACGUUUCCCUCGUUGUUCUUAAUGAGUGUUAAUUUCAUUUAUUAAUUGGCUAAUAAGUUAUCAAGCAUUAUAGUAUCGAGUGUAAAAUCUUAAUCUUAUUAAGGACAUGCCUCCCGUUAAAGAUGAAAUGUUGAGGGAAAUCAAUUGUUUAGAUAUAAGCAUUACUGAAAAAAGUCCAGCAAAGAACAGCGCACUUGUCGAUGUAAGAGCCUGUAAUAAGCCUGCUUCUAAGGUAUGGUUCCGUGGCGUGAGAAGCUCUAAAUUCCGCCAUGUGUACGGUGUGCCAUUUAAAAGGGAACGAUGUUAUGAUAACAUAAAAAUAACAAGGAAUGCACACGAUUCCAACUUUUGCGCUGUAAACCCCAAGUUUGUUGCGAUUGUUACUGAAGUCGCAGGCGGUGGGGCCUUCCUUGUUCUACCCUUGGAUCAUACUGGUCGUCUUGAUUUCAACGCAAGCCGUGUAACGGGCCAUAAAGGCCCCGUUUUAGACAUCAAAUGGAACCCGUUCAAUGACAACAUCAUCGCCUCGUGUUCUGAUGACUGCACGGUAAAACUAUGGCACAUCCCAGACGGUGGUCUCUCUAUGCAUUUGACGGACUGGCUGGUAGAGCUGCAUGGUCACAAACGUCGCGUCGCAUACAUCGAAUGGCAUCCAACUGCUGAGAAUAUACUCCUUAGUGCUGGCUUCGAUUACUUGAUCUUCGUGUGGGAUGUAGGCAAAGGCGAAGCCGUCAAGAUUAUUGACUGCCACAGUGAUGUGAUCUACUGUAUGUCAUUUAAUAGGGAUGGGUCACUGCUCGCUACCACUUGUAAGGAUAAGAAGUUGAGGGUUAUUGAACCGAGGCGGGGAAUAGUUUUAUCGGAAGGUCAAUGCCACACAGGCACCAAGGCUUCAAAGUGCACCUUCCUGGGCAGCCAAGGGCGUGUACUCACUACCGGCUUCUCCCGGUACAGCGACAGGCAGUAUGCAGUGUGGGAACAGCAUGACCUCAGCAAGCCUUUGGUCUGUGAGACAAUUGACAGUUCUUCGGGUGUCGUCUUUCCCUAUUACGACUACGAUACUAAUAUGGUAUACCUUGCUGGCAAGGGUGAUGGCAACAUUCGGUAUUAUGAAGUGGUAGACGAAGCGCCCUAUGUGCAUUUUCUCAAUCAAUUUCUUUCCGGGAACCCACAGCGUGGUCUAGGCUUUGUGCCAAAGCGUGGUGUGAACACAGCUCAAUGUGAAGUGUUCCGUUUCUACAAACUACACACGUCACGUGGAUUGUGCGAACCUAUCUCCAUGAUUGUUCCCAGAAAAUCUGACUGCUUCCAGGAUGAUCUGUACCCGGACACAGCCGCUCCUCAACCUGCUUUGAGUGCUCGGGACUGGAUGAGCGGCAUGAACGCGCCACCCUUGCUGAUAAGUCUUAAAACAGGCGUAACAAUAUCCACUCACAAGCCGCGUACUAACAACAAGGACACUCCGGCGCUGCAACCCCAAGAUGCGAACAACAGGAAGAAGUUUGCGUUCCUCUCACGAGAGACCACUCCCGACUACCGUCCACUCGGAACCUGGCAGCGAGAAAAUCACGUCAAUGAAACUGAUAACGUGACGGUGGUAACGGAGAAGUCUCAAAAGACGAACGCGAACCAAACCACAAAGUUCCACCAGCUGCAACGGAUGUUUGGCAAACAACCUGGAGAGCUAGAACCAGUGCCUCUCUACAAGCAGAUCAAUCAUGGCGAUGUUUUCACUGAACAUGAGUUGCGUCUCGCAUUUAACCGUCAAGGUGAAGAAUUGCGUAUUGUCAAACGUCAACUUCAAAACAGCCAACAGCGAGUGAGGGAACUCGAGCAACACAUUGCCACACUUCAAGCUAAACUCCCAAAUAACACAUCUUAAGCAUGGAAUGUUAUCUCGUAAAGAUAGCGUAAUAAACGAUUUACAUUAAUAUUUAUUUAAUUUGCAAAUGCUACAAAGUGUAUCAAAAAUUAUUAAAUAAAGAAAAGUAGGAAUCCACUCUCCUUUCUGCUAAAUGCUCAUAGUACUUUGACAAAUACGCACUAAAUUUUACUUGUAGCUUAAAGAGAGUCUUUGCGAAAAGAGAGCAAUGGAAGUUAUGCGAAGUAAUAUAAUAACUACUUUUCGCGUUAUAUCUGUUAUUUACAAAACAUAUAUAUAUAUACUUUAAAUUUUUCAUAUUCAGUUUUAAAAUUAUUAUUAAUCAAAAAUGUUGAUAAGAUAAACAUAAAAAAGAUCCAAUUUCUAGUUGACACGGACUGUAUGAGAUUUGUUUGACUGUACUAAGAUGGAACCCUUUUUAUACAGUGGAAAUUAGUUAUAUUUGUAACAAAAUAAAAAUGUUUUUAUUACAACAAUCAUUUACAGCUCAAAUUUUGAGUCUCCCCAGAAAUAUAAGCAAAUAUGGUU